GAUCCGCCAUGAGACCACUGUUGACUAUCAUCCUGCAAAUCCUGCUGAAAGCUGGCCUUUUCUUAGGAGUUGGAUCAUCAGAUUGUUCCUCUCCGCUCGGAAUGGAGUCAGGGGCCAUCCGAGACAGUCAGAUAUCUGCAUCGUCUUCAUUUAACGCAUACCGAAAUCCACGUCUGAAUGGGAACAGUGAAUGGCGAGCUGACGUCAUCAAUCAGAACCAAUGGUUACAGGUUGAUCUGCAGAACAGAGCCAUGGUAUCCGGAAUCCAGACACAGGGGCGCCGAACAGAUACGGCACGGUUCGUGACAUCAUUUACGGUGUCAUAUUCUGAUGAUGGAACAAACUGGACAGUAUUCACCGAAGGCGCACAUGAAGCAAAGGUUUUCAUAGGAAAUAAUGACUCAUUCAACAUCCAAGACAACACGUUGGACCCACCUAUCAUCGCGAGGUACAUCAGGGUCAACCCACGGACAUGGAACAGGUGUGGUUAUCAACGGUGCAUCACGAUGCGGAUAGAGCUGCUUGGCUGUGAUCUCAAUGGAGCCACAACAGAACCGACUGAUCUAUCCACUACCGUAUCGUCUCACAUCAAAGGAUACAACAUGCGGACACUCCCAGAAAACAUGAGUAUAGGACUCUACAUCAUCGUGACAGAAAGAACAGGAGUUAGAGUCUAUUAA